AUGGCGAUGAAAUGGAGUGACUUAUUAGGAGAAAAUUUAAUUGAAGCCAAUGCUCGACAAGACAGCAUCAUUUAUCGACAUGUACCGAUCAGUGAACUCGACAAUAAAGUUGUUGGUAUCUAUUUUUCGGCUCACUGGUGUGGACCUUGUCGAAAUUUUACUCCAAAAUUGGCUAAAUGUUAUGAGGAAGUUCAAUCUGAAUUACAAGAUCGAUUUGAAAUUGUUUUUGUGUCUUCGGACCAAGAUGAAAAAUCUUUCGACGAAUAUUUUCAAACUAUGCCAUGGAAAGCCAUGCCUUUCUCAGAUCGAGAUCGAAAGAAAAGCUUGUCUGAAAAGUUCAAAGUAGAAGGCAUCCCAACAUUGGUUGUUUUAUCAGCUGAUGGAAACCUGUUAUCUCCAGACGGCAGUAAUGACAUUGCUAGCAAAGGACCUGACGCUAUUCGAUCCUGGUUAAAAGAUGAACCGAAAUCUUCUGCAGUCCAACAGGAAUAUUUAUGGCCCGGAGUUUCUUGCAAUGGAUGCCAAAUGAAUCCACUCGUAGGAGAACGACACAAGUGUUCUACAUGUGAUGACUACAAUUUAUGCUCUGCAUGUCAGAAGAAGGGACAUGAGCACGAGCUCACAAUUGUACCAGAUACACUAGCGACAGUUUCAGAACUUGUUUACAAAGAAAUAAUUCCAUCUGUUACUCUUUAUUUUGGUCAAUAUUGGCAUGAUAAUAUUGGUCAUGCACUUUUUGAUGGACUUUAUCCAGCAUAUGUUGCACUUAUUCGUUUUUCUCCAAGACAUCUUCAUCCUUUUCGAAUACUUGCUGGAUUAGGUGACUGUAAUGUAUGUUGGAGUGAAGAUAUUUAUCGUAGUUUUGGUGGUCUUGGAAUUCUUACACAAAUUAAUUUAAACAAAAUGUCAAGAGGAAAUUGGUUUAUGUUCGAAGAACUUAUUAUGGGUAGUGGAACAUUGUGUCAUCGUUGUAUACAACCGAAUUUACAAUUAAGUGGUGGUGUUGAAUUAGAUGCUUCAAGACUUUUUCGUGAUAAAAUGUAUCAACAACAUGGUCUUGUUCAACCAAUUGUUCGAGAAAAAUCUUCAUCUGAAAAACGAACUUCUCAUGAUCUUCUAUUAGCAUAUGUUAUUGAUAAUCAACGUUUUACAAGUAGUGAUAGAACAGAAAUUAAUGCUGCUAUAACUGAAAUAAAUAAUUAUACGAAUUCAUAUUUAAAUAAAACUUUAAAUAGCACAACUAAAUUACAAUGGCCAUUAGUUCAUGUCUCCUAUCUUUCCUACAAUCAAAUGAAAACUUUAAACCUUAGUUCCAUUCAAAUAAAUUCGACACCAUUUAAUUUUCAAUCAUCAACAUAUGAAUUAAGUGAAAAUGAUUUCAUAGGUCAAUUAAAAAUUUUUCGUCAAAUGGAUAUUCAUAUUACUGGGCCAGGUACAAGACAAAUGUAUCAAACAUUUUUAUCAGAUGGAUCUGUAACUAUUAAUCUUGGAGGUAUAAGACCAUUUGGAACAGAAAAUACAGAAAGAGCAUAUAGUUCAUAUCUUGAACAAUAUAUGACAAGUGGUACACCUUAUAUCAAAGGUCUUUAUUAUCCAAUUAAUGAACGACAUAAAGGUAUUAAAAAAAAUGAAGUAAUUAAAUUAAUUCGACAAGCAUCACAAAUUAUUUUACAAGGUUUUUCAUUACCAGUUAACGCUCGAGACAAUCUAGCACCUGAUGGACAAUUAUUUGUUGAAAUGUGUGAAAACGAUAAAGAAUUUUGUUCUUUAGUUACAAUGAGAACAGAUGAUAAACAUUUAGCUUGUUUAGAUAUAUGGAUAGAAGAUUUUGUACAUGAACAUCAUCAAUGGCAAUUAGAAGGUUUUAUAGAUAAUGGUCGAAAUAUUACUUGUCCUUUUAAUCAUUCAUUGUUACAUGAAUUAAGAGAAAAAUAUGGAAUUAAACAUAAACAAACGAAUCAUUGA